AUGCCUUCAGCGCAGGCCAAGAACACCACCGACGUCGCCAAUGCCGGCUUCUCGCACCUCAAUGCGGGCCGGGGCAGGGCGGCUCUCACGACCCGUAUUGCGCCCGACUUUCUCGUCCUCAUCAUCGACGUCAACCCGAUAGCAUGGACGUCCGGAAGCACGAGAAACGGCAAGCAGAGGGAGGCGGUGCACGACUCGGACUUUGAGAAUGCGCUCAAUGCCAUCAUCAUCUUUCUCAACGCCCACAUUGCGAUGCAGCACGAAAAUGGCCUCGCCAUCUACGCCGCAGGCACAGGGAGAGCCCAGCUGCUGUAUACCAGUGCCCCUUUUGCGAGCCGGUCGACGACGACAUCGUCAGAGGCAGGUAGCGCCAAGCCCGACGCCAACACCUACCAGCACUUUAAGCACGUCGACGACAAGGUGGUCGAGGGCAUGAAGCGGAUGGCCCGCGACAUGCGCGCUCAGCUCGAAGCGGCUUCGGCCUCGUCGUCGUCGUCAUCGUCCUCGACACCGUCCAGCUCGACCUCGGCAGCGGCGUCCAAGAUGGCGACGACGGCCAUCGUGAGCGCGCUGGCCCAGGCUCUCUGUCAUCUCAACCGGCUGGCGCUAGCGUCGGCAGCCAACGCAAACGAUCCAGCAUCGCGGUUCGGCUCGUCGGCGGCCACGACUGGGGACACAGGCGGCGGCGGCUCUGCCGGCUCGACCAAUGCCACGGCGGCUCCGCAGGCGUUUCGCAACCGGAUCCUGAUCCUCAGCGUCACGCCGGAUGCCAGCACGCAGUACAUCCCGAUGAUGAACUGCAUCUUUGCCGCGCAGAAGAAGUCGAUCCUGAUUGACGUGUGCAAGGUGUUUGGCGCCGACACCGUCUUUUUGCAGCAGGCGGCGCACCUGACGGGCGGCACCUACUUCCGCAUCGACGAGGCGGCGACGGUCGAGGGCGGUGCGGCGAGCGGGCUGCUGCAGUGCCUGAUGUCGUCGUACCUGCCGUCGCGCUCGAUCCGGGAUGUGAUGCACCUGCCCAUGCUCGACGAGGUCGACUUCCGGGCGGCCUGCUUCUGCCACCGGCGCAUCGUCGACGUCGGCUACGUGUGUUCCGUCUGCCUGAGCUUGUUCUGCGAGCCCAGGCCAGUGUGCUUGACGUGCCAGUCGCGGUAUCCGACACACACCAUCGAGCGGUACCGGCAAGAGGAGGCCUUGACGACGGCGUCGUGA